AUGAAGUUGUUGGCGACUGCGGCUGCCGUCCUCUCCUUUGCUUCGACAGUUCUCUGCGCAGAGAAGGGCAACUUGACGAAACCACUCACAUCGCGAUUGAUUUUACCUUCGAACUUCAAACCGCCACAAAACUUCAAGAAUGUCAAUCUUGUGCAUAUCAUCAAUCUCGAAAAGAGCUAUCCAAAGGAACAGAUCAACGUGCUGAUAGAGAACACGGCCAAAGAUGCCCAGGAUGAAUACUUCAUUCCAUUCACAUCUCAGCAGAUGGCAACAAUUGGGGGCUUGGAAGUGAAAGACAGAAAAGACCCAGAUGCUGGACUGUUCGACGCGGAAGCUGUCGAAUUUGACUCGGAGAGUGAUACCCAAUUCUACCGCAUUCGUCUCCCUAAACCUCUCGCCCCGAAAACACAACAAACUUUGGGUAUUUCUUAUUCAUACCUCUCUGCGCUCGAGCCCCUCCCUAAACACGUUGGACAACAAGAAAGUCAAUACUUGGUUUACACAUUCUCGGCCUACUGUCCUUCAACCUAUGUGACCCUAAAGCAAAAAACCGAAGUCAAGUUCCCAAGCACAAAUGUGCCAGAAUAUACCAUUGUCCCUGGAUCCAAAGGAGAAUCAGAGUCGCCACAGAAACAAGGCGCGAAGUUUACCUAUGGAUCAUUUGGAGAGCUUCCAGCUGGUGCAGUCGAGCCAGUGAAGGUCAGAUACGAAUUCACGAAGCCUGUGAUCCACGUUUCGCGACUUGAGAGAGAUAUCGAAGUCAGUCAUUGGGGAGGAAAUAUCGCAUUCGAGGACCGUUUCACACUUCACAAUCAUGCUGCGAAUCUCUCCAAGAACUUCGACAGGGUCCAAUGGGCUUCUCAACAGUACUACAGCCCACCUAGUACUGCAAUUAAGGAGCUCAAGUUCCCACUGAGAGUUGGCAGCCAGGACCCAUAUUUCACAGAUGUUAUCGGAAACGUUUCGACAUCCAGAUUUAGAAGCAACAAGCGCGAAGCCAAUCUCGAAAUCAAGCCCAGAUAUCCUAUCUUCGGGGGCUGGAACUAUCCAUUCCGCGUAGGAUGGAAUGCUGAUCUGAAAAAGUUUCUCCGCAAGUUGAAGACUGGACAAGGCUAUGUGUUGAACGUCCCAUUUCUAGAAGGACCCAAGCAGCCCGAAGGUGUGUCAUAUGAGCACAUUGAGCUGCGCGUCAUCCUUCCAGAGGGAGCCGAGAACGUACAAUACAGCACCACCGUACCUCUCGUCGGCGCUGAAGUAACAUUACACCGUACAUUCAUGGACACAACCGGCCGUACGGCACUGACCCUCACUGCAAUCAACAUUGUCGAUGACUUCCGGGAUCGGGAGCUCAUCGUCACAUAUGAUUAUCCCUUCCUCGCGGGCUUCAGGAAGCCUCUUGUCAUCUUCACGGCCUUCGUUGGUGUUUUCUGCGCAGCGUGGGCGAUCGGAGGUCUAGAUGUUGGCAUUCAUGGAAAGAAGAAAUAA